AUGAGAGCAAGAAGAGGAAAGCGUUCUGAGCCAUUUUGGCCUUCCAUUGUGAUGAAAAAAUGGCUUAAUAUCAAGCCAAAGGUUUAUGAGUUUAGCGAAGAUGAAGUAGAUACAGAGAGCGAAGAUGAUGUCUGCUCGAUUAAAAACGAAGCUGUGCGAGACGAUCCUGUUGAUGAUACACCGGGAUAUCAGUCAUUUUGCUCAAGGAAUCCAAUGAAAGACUGCUCAAUACAACACCGGAGGGGAAAAUCAGAAACUCUGAGGCUCCAGUACAUAAAUACAAAAGAUGUGAGGGUAACAAUAGGCACGUGGAAUGUUGCCGGAAGGCUUCCAGAUGAUGAUCUUGAAAUUGAUGAAUGGCUCUGUUUGCAAGAGCCAGCAGAUAUAUACAUUAUUGGUUUCCAAGAGGUGGUUCCCCUGAAUGCCGGGAAUGUACUCGGAGCAGAAACCCGAAGACCUAUUCCCAAAUGGGAAGCCAUCAUUCGAAAAACCUUGAACAAGUCAUUCGAACCCGAAACCAAACACAAAAGCUACAGUGCUCCUCCUUCACCCGUCUUCCGAACUUCCUCUGCUUCUGACGUAUUGGCUGACGUGGAUGAGGCCACCGUGCUGGAAAUGACGAGUGCUCGAAACAACAUUCGGCUACAGAGAACAUAUAAUGCUGACUGGGAUAAUACCCGAUUGGACUGGCCCGAGCAGUCUUUGGACACGACACCUCACUCUCUCUCCUCGAGAGCCAAAUUAAGACGAGUACUGAGCAGCUGCGCAACAAUUGGGUCAAGCAGUAGCCCUCGGAAUUUCUCGCUCGGUGGUUCGGGUUUGAAAAGAAUGCACCAUAGCUCGGGGAACUUGUGCUUGCUCGGAAUGGACCGGGAAAAUAAUGACUUUGAUGCUGCUCUUUAUUCUAUGUCGGAUGAUUUGGAUCAGAUUUCUGGUGGGGAGGAGGCGGAAGAAGAAGAAGAAGAAGAAUGUGAAGAGGGAUAUUCUUUUGAGGUCGAAAACAAAAGUGCUCUUUCAAAUGAUAUUGUGCAGUCACACCAAAGUUAUGUUCGAAUUGUGAGUAAGCAGAUGGUGGGGAUAUAUGUGUCGGUUUGGGUGCGCAGAAGGUUGAGGAGGCACAUAAAUAACUUGAAAGUUUCUCCUGUUGGAAUUGGGCUAAUGGGCUAUAUGGGGAACAAGGGAUCCGUAUCUGUUAGUAUGUCUCUUUUCCAAAGUCGAUUGUGCUUUGUUUGUUCCCAUUUAACGUCCGGUCAGAAGUAUAGGGCCGAGCAAAGGCGUAACUCGGAUGUUCUUGAGAUAAUAAAGCGGACUCAUUUUUCGUCCGUCUUUGACAUAGACCAGCCACAGACAAUCCCUUCCCAUGACCAGAUAUUCUGGUUCGGAGAUUUGAAUUACCGCAUCAAUAUGUUAGAUGGGGACGUAAGGAAACUUGUCGAUAAGAAACAGUGGGCCGAGCUUCUCAACAAUGAUCAGUUAAGCAAAGAACUUCGGAAUGGGCAUGUGUUUGACGGGUGGAAAGAGGGGAUCAUAAACUUUGCGCCAACUUACAAAUACGAGAUCAAUUCUGAUAGAUAUGUCGGCCAAAAUCCAAGAGAAGGAGAAAAGAAGAGAUCUCCAGCGUGGUGUGACCGUAUACUUUGGUUUGGAAAAGGCAUCAAGCAGCUUUUUUACAAGCGAGCGGAGAUAAAACUUUCAGAUCAUCGACCCGUGAGUUCAAUGUUUUUGGUUGAAGUCGAGAUAUUCGACCAACGCAAGCUACAAAAGGCCCUUAAUUUCUCAAGUGCUGUCGUACAUCCGGAAAUUUUCGCCGAAACAUGCUGA